ACUUGACAUUCAAAACACAAAUGAAAUGUGAAUUAAAUGAUUGAUUUGAAUGCAAACCAUUACUCAGUAUUCAUUUGAAACAGUGGUAGACAUGAGAUAAUGACCGCACAAAUGGAUCCCAAAAGCAAUUAUAACUACAAUUUGUUUCUUUUCGUCACGUUUUGGGGAUUUUUCAACGCUUUUAUACCACUAAUCGUCAAACUUGUAUUGACGGUAUUUCUCAAUGAGACCCAAAUGGAGGAGUCUUUGAGGCGACAAAUCCGUGAUCUGAAGACUGAGUUGUCGGACAUCUCGAUGUCGGAUGAGUUCGCAAAAUACGCCAAAAUUCAACGCAAACUAAACAAAGCCAAGGAUCAGCUCAAGAGUCAAUCCGACGCGCAGACGAUAUUCAGAAUCAAAGCCAAAGUCUUCUUAUAUAUCAUUCUUUACGCCAUUUCUGUCAGUUACCAUUGCUACAUAGACAACACCUUGAUAGCGAUGCUUCACGACAAGGCUGACGGCCUGGUAGAGAAGAUAGGCAAACCAAACGAAGACAGCAAAGGCUGCGGCGUUUCCGGUGCCAUCGGUAUAACCCCGUGGACAGCCAUCACAGCUUGGACAGUCGUGUUGGCCGAUGUAGUGACACCCAAAGAGUAUGAGAUCUCUGACGGCGCUCUUAUAGCUUCUAGUUUCAUAGAAAUCAUUGGACUCGUCAUAUGUUGCGGUUGUCUGGUAUUCAUUGUAUCCAUGAUUCUCAAUGGCGUCGAGAGAAGUGCCAAAAAGCGGUCAAACCAACUGCCAGUUGUGGUUCAACCACCCGCACAACCCCCUCAACCCACUCCACCACCCGUUAUAAAAAGGGCCGGGCAGAUUUUUAUGAUAUAUGAUUACAACAGUUGGACAGUCGUGUGGGCAAAGGAGAAGGUGGAUAACGUGGAUGAAGUGCUGUUAGGGAUGGGUAUUAUCGGUUUGUUAGUCUGUUUGGUUUGCUGUGGAUGUCUGGCACUCAUUGUAUGGCUUUUGGUUCGGUUGGUGACCACUGGAGUCCAAGAGGUGAUGGGAAACCAACAAAAUGAUCAAAAGCUUGUCUACCAUCACGUCCAGCCUCAACCUAACCAACCGGCUGUUUACCAUGAGGUCCAGCCAUCACAAUCACAAUCGCCAGCAAUUAGUAUAAGGCAUUGA